GACGUCAUCAGUUGCUAUCAAACAAGAAGGUUGGCAUGUUGUUUUGACGUUGUAAGAAUGUAAAUCAACUGGAAAUAACGAAAGUAAGUACCAUGGCUGUUAUCGGUGGGAAGACGGAUUUCACUGCCGAUGUAUUCGACUUCUUUGAUACGCCACGGAACGAGGAUAAUCGCAUUCAAGAGAGCACAAAGCCGCGAAAGGCAACAGGUAAUUCUGGCAAAGAACCACAAAAACCACCCAAACAUGACGCUUUCCUUGCACAAAAGAGUAAGGCACGAAGCAGCAGGCGGUCACAUAGCGAUUCUGACUCGUCUCAUUCGAGUGACAGUGACGUUAGUGAUAUAGAGACAGAUUCUGUUGCUAGUUACAAAAGUGCUGACCGAGUGAAGAACAACAGAUCAAGCCCGGGGGUUGUGGUGAAGGGGGAGACGUACAGCGACGACAGCUUUACGGAUAGCUCCAGUGCCUAUUCAGACGAGUCGACAGAUGAUGAAGAGGAUAUAAUAGAGACGGAACGAGAGAGAUUCAGGCAGAAAAAUGAAUCCAAAGAGUCUAAAUCUAACAGACCUUCGGAUUUACAGGUACACAAAACGCCCGUGCAUGAGGCAGAAUCGUCAAAAAGAGAGGCAUGGUCAACUGGCGGAAUUCGCAAAGUAGAAAUACAUCAACCAAGGUCUGAUAUGGAGGAUCAAGGUGACAGUGGUACUUCUGUUCCUAACAGAUCCAGACCUAAGAGUUCAAAGCCAAGAAGUCGAGGCAUCAAUACGAGUAAUGAACGUUUAUUCCGUGAAAGAUCAAAGUCUGGUUCAGAUAGCGAAAUGACCGAUGUUUCCCCAUUACCAUCACCUAAACACUCCCCACGCUCACAUAAUGGACACGUUAAUGUGCAAUAUGAUGAUGUACCAAACAUAAAACUGCAAAAUAAACAGUUGGAUCUCAGUGUUCUUAUGGAUGCUGUUCAGGAAAUAGAACGAGAGCAACAACGAAAUGAAAGACUAAAAAUAAACUCUCGUAGGGUAAUGUUUGCACCUCCUAAGGGUAAGCAGACAUCUGAACAUGGAAACUUUACAUAUGAUCAAGAUCGUGCUAAAACCAUAGAGAAGGAAAAUCAGAGACUCUUGAAAGAAAUCAUGAAGCAUGUUGGUCCAAAUAAGAAGAAACAGCAUCAGCGGGUUGCAGCAGAACCAUUUGUUCAAAGGCUGACACCAUCUGCUGUAAACAGGAAGCGGGACCAGCGCCGCAUAGAGUCAGAAAACUUGCAAAUGCUUAGGCGCCUCCAGACCACCAAUUCAACUCGUGGGAUGUCACGGAAUGAACAGCUGAAUGACUACAAACGCACUGUCCUGUAUGGGGUCCCUAUGGCAGCUGUCCAACCUUACGAGGGCUCCAUGGGUCAGCGCACACGCAGCCUCACCAGUGUCUUCAGCAGUACCACAAAUUCCACCAUGCGCAGCAGAAAGUCAAGACCAGGAAGUGCUAAGUCCACAACCAGCACCUUACGCCCAGGCAGUGCAAAAUCCAUUGGUAGUUUACGACCAGGUAGCGCUAAAUCGGUUCGUUCUAUGUGCAGCACUAAUCGUCUGGGUAGUGCUAAGUCUGUAGACAAUCGUCCUGUCUGGAAUGAUCGCUUUUGUUAUUCUUGAUCUUGUUACCCUAAUGUUAAACGUAUGGGAGAACAGCCUAGGACACAUCAUUAUCACCCAUCUGUGCUGCACACCCCAUAGUUGUUACCCUUAGCUGUAGGACUAGCUUAUUACUGGCAAUACAGGUAAAUGUAUGUACUUGGUGUUGCCUGAAACGUGGCAUUAAUAGGUUGUAACAAGGACAGCAAGCAUGUACGUUUACAUAACAAGAAGGUGAAGAUCAGUUCCAAGCUAAUUACCUCUCACGGUCAUCGUCUCCAGACCUCCAGAUGAGAGUUCAGGGUCAAUGGCAAGGUCAAAGUACAGCUGCUAAGUGAAGAAAUAUCAUUAAGAGAUAUUUGUGUGAUUUGUCAAAUCAUGUGUUGGUCACUCUCUCGAUAAAAGAAGGGUAGAUAUUGUUUAUAGAUUUAUAGAGUGUAUGAAUCAAUAAAUGAAUCCAUGGUCCAAGGUUCAUCAGAUCACUCGAAAUUCCCUUUAAUGCACCAAAUCCAAGUGGCCUUGAUUCUGAAUAAUGGAGAAUUAGGCACCUACCUGUUAGUUGGUGUAAUUUAUAUUUGUACUUCAGUGGUCGAGUGAUUGCAUGCCAUUUAAUUUUAUUGUAAGAUCCCAAUCAUUUGGAUGAAAGUUGAUGAAAGUGUGACAUAUAAAUAUAUAGGAAUGUUUUUGGAUGUGUUGGGUGCAAGUCUGUAAUUUCCUUGCAAGUCGUCAGUUGUUGAUACAUCUCUGUCAUACAAAGUUCACCAUUAACCUCACAUGCUGUAUGGUAUAAGGUUUUCAUGUUGGUGACAUAUAUAGAUUACUGUGUAGACUGAUAUUACAAAUAUCUACCAGUAUUCCUUAUGCUGUUGUUAUGGUGAAAAAGUACAAAUUUUAAUGUGUGCACAGUAAAGUUGAAUAAUAUUUAGUAAUUUGUAGUUUUGAAAAUGAUAACUUGAAAACCACAUGGCAGUUUGAGUAAUGUUAAUAUUACUGAGGAAUUCGAAGAUCAGCAGGCAUACAUGUAAAUAUUAUUAAUUUUGUGAAGUGUAAUUAGAAGUAAUUCAUGUGACGUUUUAAUUGUUGUCUUGAAAGUGCUUUAAUUAAUGUUAUCAAUUACAUAUGUAACAUGUAAGUAAACAUUCUCUAUUUGCCUUGUGAUUCUGUAGAUUGCUCACCAUUGAAUGUAUGUCGCUCGGAGUCACACCCUGUCACUCAAAGUCAUACCCUGACACUCAGAGUCAUACCAUGUCACUCGGAGUCACACCAUGUUGCUCAGAGUCACACCCUGUCACUCGGAGUCAUACCCUGUUGCUCGGAGUCAUGCCCUGUUACUCGGAGCUCAUACCCUGUCAUCACUCUAUUACCUCGAGUCUUGUACCAACAUCUAUUUUCAGAAUAUAAACAACUUUUAUUUUGAUAACAAGAAUCUUAAUGAAUUUUCAUUUAAUUAUUUAAAGACUUGCUCAAGACUUUACAUGGUAGGAUUUUGUUAUCAUGUCACUGAAAUUGAGCAUAUGUAUAUUUUAGUAAUAUUGAUUGAUACAGAUUCCUUUCUUAAUAAAUAGAUAAAAAUACAUUGUUGACAUUGCACAGGUCAGAUAUAAAUAUAGUGAUUUGAUAUGUGAAACAUUUGCCAUAGUCACUUAUCUACAGUCCAGGACGGAUCUGUCUCCAUAAUGAAAUGUUUCUCCACCAUCAACCAUGCUGUUUGAAUGUGUAAAUCAUCUUCAGUACAUGUAUACAUGUAUAACAAUUUAUUCAAGUUUGGCAUUUUUAUGUAAAUGUAUAUAAUAUAUAUAUUGUAUAAUACAUUUUGUAAUUUACACGAGUCUCGCAUUUCUUUCUGCAUAUGUGUUGAUUUACAAGUUCUUGUAAUUUCUGUACAUAUAAAUAUAUAUUCAAUUUGCCCUCAUCAGAGUCGUGCUUAAAAAAGGACAACUUUAUACAUUGUAUUUUGUCUGUGAUACAAUGAUAUGUCAGAGAUUCGUAUUAGAUUUAAAACUUCAGUUGUUAUGUCUGUUGUAGUCAGUUAAUUCCUGUAGUCAAUCAACCAAUUUAGUGUUGUGAAACUUUUAUUUGUCAGAUUUUAUACAUGUAUAUGUUGUUUGUUUAUUAAUAUCACAUCAAUAUUUUCUCCGUCUCAUUGUCAUCACCAACUACAAUGAAAUUGUAUCAUGCAACCAUAGCUGUUCAUCUCAGUAGAACAUACAGGUUCACCAUAUAGAACCAUACUUAUCACACAAGCAUUAUGGUUCACCAUACAAAACCAUAUGUAUCACACAAGCAUUAUGGUUAACCAUACAAAUCCAUAUACCGGUAUACCACAAGCAUGUGUAUUGCCCCAGCAAUGGUUUACCAUACAUGUAUACAGAACCAUGUUUUAUCACACAAGCAAUUGUUUACCAUGCAAAACUUUAUUUUGUACAAGCAAUGGUUUACCAUAGCAAUAAUUUACCAUACAAAACCAUAUGUGUAUUGCACCAGCAUUGGUUUACUAUCCAAGAACAUGCAUCAGACCAGCCAAGGUUUAUCAUACAAACAUAUAUAUCACGUAUCAGGUUUUAACCAUUAAGUUUGAUACAGAAAUGGUUGACCAAUAUACCAACCCUGUUUAUGGCAUUAUUGAUGGUUAUUUCAAUAAAUAUUCAUUGUACAAAUCUGUAUGAUCACUGGUUGGUUACAUCACUAUAAGCCCAGAUACCUUUUUGUUCCCCUUAGAUGACUGAACAGGGUUGUUAGUAAGCAUUGUAACUAUAAGCUUUAUCAUGAAGUCUGACAUCCUCUCUUACAACUCUGUGUGAAGGAGAGAAGCCUGCAGGUUAUAGAGAACUUUUGUCACUCAUGACUUGAUACUUACUUAGAAUUCAAUAAAACUGGAUUUCCUACA